AUGUCUGUUGUUACUUCAGAGUUUGAGAUCCAUUCUUCCCUCCCAGCUUCCAAACUUUUCAAGGCCUAUGAUGACUUUGACAAUGUUGCACCAAAGGUCGACCCCGGAACAUACAAAUCCCUAGUGACCGUCCAAGGUGAUGGAGGCGUCGGAACCAUUAAGGACGUCUUCUUUGGCGAUGCCAUGCCAUUCAAGAGUGGAAAAUCAAAGCUUGAUGUUGUUGAUAAAGAAAACUAUUGCAUCAGUUACACGGUCUUUGAAGGAGACGCCUUGAUGGGCAUACUAGACUCAACAACUCAUCACAUGAAAUUUACACCUUCGGCUGAUGGAGGGUGCGUUUACAAGCAGACUGUCGAGUAUCACUGCAAAGGAGACACUCACCUUACCGAGGAAUACCUUAACGUCGCAAAAGAAGCAUUGAAGAAAACAUUCAAGGCAAUCGAGGGGCAUCUCCAUGCCAAUCCUCAUGCUUACUGAUCGCCUUGGAUCAAUUGAUCAUGUGUUCUUCACUCAUCAAAAUUUACAUAAGCGGACUUUUGUCCGGUUAUAAUGUAUUUCUAUAAUAUAUGUGUACUUGUUUUGUGUGCUACAAUACAUUUGUACGAGAGUUAUAGUGUGAUUAAAGAUAUGUUGAAGAAAAAAUUAAUCUUGCAAAC